CUCUCAUCACCCUCCGGCCCAGCCACCCAACAGCCUCUUAAGACCCCUCGGACCAAAUCAAACGCUCUGGCUGCCCAACCAAACUCAACGCUGGUCCUUGAUUUGGUUGCUCAAGCUUUCACCUUGUUCGCCAUUGUAUCGUUCGCCAUUGUAUCUCCCUAAGGUACCUUGGCCACCCUCAGCUCGGUAUAGCCACCAUGACUACCGUCGCUGGAUCCUCGACCGGUCCUAUUCCCCACAAGCCCUACGUGGCGCCAAAAACCAAACUUACGGGAACAUAUGGCGUCCUCAUCGACGAGGGAACUAUAUUCCGCGAAAUUGACUUCUGGAGGGGACUCUCCGACGACAGAGACCACACCAAAGAACACGUCCGGCACGUCAUUUGCUGCGACGGAACCGGCAACAACGCCCCGGAUCAUCUUGAUCUCUGGAAAGUAACCAAUGUCGCCAAACUCGCCACUGCGAUCCUACCCCGUACAGACCACAUCCCCAAAAGGAACCAGUGGCUCUGCGGCAUUAACGAAGACGUGCCUGACAAGCAGGGCGUUCCAAGACCAGCUAUCCCGCCGAUCGAGUUCCCAAAGCUCACUCCCCUGACAAAGCACUUCGUUCAAAUACCUGUAUACAUACCCGGAAUAGGCACCGACCACCCCGAGGAUGUUACCUACAAGUGGAGCUUUCUCGAAUCGGUCAGACAGACAGCCGACAUGGCUUUUGCCAAAGGAUUUGAAUCUAAGCUCCUCGACGUUCUCACUUACUUGGCUGUCUAUUACAAGCCUGGUGAUGAGGUCCCCCUCUUUGGCUUCUCCCGCGGUGCUUUCACGGCCCUGACACUGGCCGCCCACAUCAACGACUUCGGCAUUCUCAAGGCGGACAUGAUCACCGAAGAAGUCCUACACGCACUCAAAGUUAAAUACGACAAGAAUUUCAAAGAAGAUGAGUGGAAAAAAAAGACAAGGUCACAGUUUGACCGUGUUAAGGAGGCGGUUAAGAUUUAUCUCCAUAUAUGGAAAGAAAUGGGCCACACCGCAGACCUUGAAUGGCAGAAGGCGCACCCAAACGGUGACGAGAACUCGCAGCCAACGAUCCCGGUCCCGGACAAAGCAAUCUGGGGAGAUCUUCAUCACUCAGACAUAGUCAUAACCAUGCUCGGCAUCUACGAUACUGUAGCGGCGCUCGGCAAGCCAGACGUGAGAAAAAUUUACGAAGGCAUUCUCGAGUAUAGAUUCGUCGCAUAUCUCGACAACCGUUUUAGCAUCAAGUCGGCGGUGCAUCUCGUCUCGGAGCAUGAACACAGGGAGGACUUUAAAUGCGAACUCUUGAAAGGUCGUUUUGUGAAUAAGCCGCUAGAUAAAACAGAACUAAAGAACAAGAAAAACGUGGUGAAGACAGUGGCCGAGGGCGGGUGGAUCAGAGUCCACCAAAUCUUGUGUCAGGGAUAUCACGCAUCUGUCGGCGGCGGCACCUUCAGAAUCGGCGACCUCAUCCCAACCGUUACCCAUACCUGCAUGGUGGAUUUUGUACUGCUGGCCGGAAUUCGUCUCGACGAAAACACGUAUAGGCAAACCCUCUACCCGUGGUUCGGCCCCAUUCCCGACAAGUUCAUCGAUGAUUCCAAAACAUUGAUGUUCAUGCCCGCAGGCAGCCGCGACCGCCACGAGUUGUUCGCCUUUGGGAACGACGCCGGCAGCAGAUCAACUACUUCCGCUCUUAGUGCUACUUCCUCUGCGGAUGCUGGGCCACAUCCUCAGCCUUACGAUAGAUUGCAAAAUCCGAAGCCCAGCGAGAGAUUCAGAAAGCAUGUGGUUCUUCACAAAUCGCUGGCAGACGAAAAGUUUUUCCGGGAAAUCACCGGGCAGCAGCAGGUUUUCAAGACCAAAGCCGCUAGAGACGCUUUCGACCUUUUGAUAGCUAGCACCGAAGUCGCUCCACUUGGACAGUUGGAAAGUAUAGUUUUCCCGUUUCAAGCGCGCCUAAUUGCGGACGGCAUGUAUAACGUCCAUACGCGCAUGUUGAUAGCUGCGCUUGCCGUGGACAGGACCGAGUUGCACGCCAUGCGCAGGGCACCGACCGAGGACGAGGACGAAACUGCUAGCAUUUCCGAAUCAUCCAAUCGGAUAGCUGAGACGUUGCAGGUUGCGUCAGAAUCACACAUAAGCAAUGUUCGCCACUGGGGAUACAGAACCCACAAACCCACGGAUAACGAUACGAAAACCAUGGCAGUAUGGGUUAAGAGAAUAGGGAAGACUCUGAGCCCUCGGAGACUAGUGCAGAAGCUAUCUCCGAAGCGUUCUCCCAAGCCCAAGGUCGAUCUCGCCAACCCAAGGAUGGCGACGACGCUCUCUCCCAAGCUUAAACAAGAGGUGGAUCCGGCCAACAAAUUGUUCAUAAGGACUCUCAGAACAUCUCAAUUCCCACUCAUGAAUGAGGCUUUCCAGAUCGCCAUCCCGGAAAAGCAACCACACGUGGACUACGAGCACCCCUUCUCCAUAUUCCAGGGUAUUGUGGCAUCAGUACCUGUGGCGACAAUACCGGGGCUGCCAAGCCACCCCAAGCCCGAAUUGUAGGAGGGUCGAGGAUUGGUGUAUUUUUGCCAGCUGCAGGCAGCGAAAGAGAAACGACGAGGGGAUUUUGCUGCUGGGCAGCACUUCCCUGGCGCUGGUCGUCGCAGAGUAAUUAUCAUCCAACACUUUUCUUUAUCUUGACUCGGCGCGGCCGCGCUCGGACUAGUCUAGGCGCAGGCGGACACAAACACACACACAAACACUAAAUUGAUGCGUCUGGGACCAACUACUAGGUGGGGAAAAAAAAGGGCAGGUCCUCGGGAAAAAUCAGUCUGGGAACUGGAUGAUAUUCAAGGCAGGGCCUCUUGUGGAAUGCAAACUCAGUCUGGCAACUGUUGCCGGGCAGGCCCCUUUGUGGGAAAGUAUCCAUUUGGUAGCUGUACCGGCCUCUAGGAGAGCCACCACUCCUAGUGUUAACAUGGAU